AUGGGUAAUCAAGACGAAAAACAACUACUAGAAGAUGCAUCGACGUUGUUGAUGUUUGCUAGUGCGGCUGCUCACCAACAAUCUCCAACAGAGUCUGAAGCCUCGCCACCGCUACAUCCAGCGCCUUUACCUUUACCACAACACGAGGGUUCCUCGCAUAUUGUUACCAUUCCAACAUCAAACCAACAACCGUCGACUCAGCAGCUUACUCAAGUACCGAAAAAGAGCUCGAUUCGAAGUUUGAUGAAUGAUGAGCCAGAGCCAGAGUUGGAGCCAGAGUUGGAACUGAAGGUGGAGCUGCAGCUGCAGCUGAAACUUCAAGGAGAGUUUGAGCCUAUUGUGAAUGUGGAUCCUGAAUCCCUUCCAAACCGGAAAACAGUUUCACCUCCUUCAAAUUUGCCAAAACAAGGCACCUUUAAAAAAGUACAUGAAAGAAGCCGAUCUACUCCCGAUGCGCAAAAUUUCUUGAGUCCUGCUUAUGAACGGGGGAUAGAUUUGAGAAAGGGCGAACGGGAUGGCAAUAAUGCAGUCAUUGCCGCAGCAGCAUUGACAGCGGCAGCAGAUAUUCCAUUUCCUUUAAAGCAAGAGAGAUCGGCAAGUAUUCCUCCCUUAGAAUCGUAUCAGGUAGACCCAGAUUCUGGAAUGAUUGGAUGCAUAUGCGGUAUUGAUGAUGACGAUGGAUUUACAAUACAGUGUGAUAUAUGUUUCAGAUGGCAACAUUGUGUGUGUAUGGGAUACGAGAAUGGGCAAGAGGUUCCAGAAGACGAAUACAAAUGUUAUUUUUGUGACCAGCUUAAGUGGGGCAAAUUUGAUCCUGCAGUAGCUAGGGAAAAGACGUUGGCCAGAUUGAAACCAGAACAGUUGGAGCAAGAUGCAAGGGAGAAAUCGAAGCUAGAGGAGAAACCUAUUAAGGAAUCGAAAGUGGAUAAUACCAAGAGGAAACUGCUGAGCGCAGGCAAAGGUGAAAAGAAGAGAAAGACUGAAGAGAAGGUGCCUGCAAAGGAAGAGGUGGAACUGGAGAAGCCGAAGGAGGCGAAUGAAGAUUUGCCCAAUAAGGACAAUGAGUUAUUGGAGGAAGGUGUAGUUGCUGAACCAUAUCAGUCGGUAUACUACCAACUACGAGACAACGAUUACAAGAGGAAUGGAGUAAAAACUUUUCUUACAAAUUGUGGAACUGAGUUUUAUGAGGAGUAUACCGGCUUGGCAAAGGAAGACCAAGAGAAGGUUGGCAUAAAUGUGAUGUCAGAGAGUGAAUUCAAGGCACUCAAAUUGAGUCGAAUUAUACGACCCAAGUUGGCCAAAUAUUUUCAAGAUAACAAUAGGUUGGAAAAGAAGAAGAAUGUGAACAAGACCAGAGUUGAAGUCAAGCCGUAUACGGACAAUCUGAAACAAAAGUUCAAUGGGAUUUCCAAACUAUCGUUGUUUAUAAGUACCAGUGAUGAAUCUCUUGUGAUACCGGAAGGAACGCCAAUAAUCGAAUAUUUAGGAGAAAUCGAUUUCUUCCAUGAUUAUUGCAUGGACAAGUAUAAUCAAUAUCUGCUUUGGGGGACUACUAGACCAAAAGUAUUAAAGACACUGGUGCUAACAAAGGAACUCCAACCAGUUGAUCUUGUCAUUGAUUCAAGGUUUGUUGGUGAUGAAAGUCGUUUCAUUAGAAAAUCGUGCUGGUCAUCAUCCAAUUGUGAGAUACGUCCAGUUUACCUCCCCGACAGCAGCAGGUACAAGUUUCUUGUGGUAACUUCAAAGCCAAUUGUAUUGAAAGGGGAGAAUGCAGAUGAAGAGUUGCGGUUACCUUGGGAAUGGGAUCCAAACCAUCCGAUCUUGAAGUUGUAUGAAAAUAAUAGCACGGAAAAGUUUGAAAAUUUGCCCAGUGAUGCAAAAUCUGCAUUGAUUGCUUAUGUUGACACCAUUUUGCAAUUUGUUGAAUGUGGGUGCUCAACAAAUUCGAAUUACAAUAAUUGUGCCAUUUUCAAGAUCAAGAAAGCCACGAGCUAUUUGAUGAGAUCAACAAGAAAGACUGCGGUUUUGAAUAAUACUGGUGCAAAGACCAAAGAGGAGUUGGUGUUGCCUCGUCCAAAUCGACAAUAUAUUAGCUGGGAUGAACGGAUGAUUGAACGUGAUAGACAAUUGCAGGAAAAACUAUUGUUUAAACUUGAUCAUGCGAGAAAGGCGAAAUCAAAUGAGGUUCCAAGAGUUAAACCUGAUGUGUUGUUGAAAGUGCCAUACAAGCAAAGGUUGUUAAUGCGUGCUCGUCAAACUGCUGAGCCCAAUCCUUCAUGGAGCGAAGCAAACACAGCUGAUGAGUGUGAUAACGAGGAUGGGGAUGUAGAGGAUCUUGCCGUUCCUAUUAUUCCUGAACUCGUAACCAGUAUUGAGUUACAAGUUUGUCAAGAGUUGAACUUGAAGGAAGAGGUCUCUAUUGACAAUGCAAAGAAGGAGGUGGAACCAUUGAGUAGGAAACAGCUGCAGGUUCAGAUAAAUAGACCCCAUGAGCGUAGUAGAUCUACGACGGAGGAGACGAAACCGGCAAAGAAGUUGUCGCUAGCGGAGUACAUAAAGGCAAAGACAUAG